AUGACAGAGGACACGAAGGAGCAUCCCCUCCUAACAAGGUUUCCCGAUGACGCCGAUUGGGAAGAGUUCGACAACCUGUCGCUGCUCAGGCAAUGCUUAAUUCGCGACAUUCCUAGCGAAGAGAUUAGCCGUGACAACAAAAUACGCCUUCUGCAGAAUUUCUCAAAGAAGCACGUCACCGAAAUCAGAAAGAUCCCCUGGCGCCGUAGUCCAAGCCGCGUUACUCGUGAAGAAAAAAGCUUGCGCUUGAACAAACUUCCUUACCAAGUUGCACAGGUAAAGGACAGGAGUAGCUUAGACAGAACGGUGUUAUGGAAAGAUUUUACCCUUCGCGAUGAGAAAAAAGUAACUUGUGUUGUUGCCUUCAAAGAAAUACCGUCCUGCACCUGUCCAUCGCAACCUACGUUGGUACCAGCCGCCGCCACCACUACCGCAACUAUUGCCCUGGAGGUACCUACACCGACAGCGAAUAUUGUUCAGCAAUCUAUUGAGCGCAAAGAGAAAGAUGAUCAUGGCGUGGGAAGCUCGAGCUCAUCCAAGAAACAAGCCGACAGAAACACUCAAGUUAACGACAAGCCAGAGGUCAGCCAACGUCCUUCUCAAUCGCCUUCAUUACUCUCCUCCUCUUCAUCCAACCUUCCGACUCCUUCUCAGUCCACUACCAACGAACAAGAGCUCCUGAUCCCUCCUCAUACUCAACAAGCCUCUACGUCUAAAGAUAUACUCCCUCAACUCAAGGGCCCAAAUCCCGCAGCUGCUGUAUCCCUGCAAAGAAGCACGUCCGCUCCGCCCACAAGUAACUCGGAGCCUAUGCGUCUGGAGCUGAAGCAGCAUGAGGCACAAGAGCAAGCACAAAAGUCACCACAAAGUGUUUCUCAGGACUGUAAUCCGGCUUCGGCCAAGUUCUUGUCUUCUGUUCCUUCAAUUCACCAUCCGAACUCGAACGCCUCUGCCCCUCACGCCAACACUCCUGAACAAGCCGGCCCGACACCGGUCCUCUCAGCUAAUGGCGUUGAUGCUCACAAUUCUGCUGCCACCACUGCAGCCGUCACUGCCCAGACCGCUCCUCCUGUUUCUACUGACGACAUCCCAGGUGAUCUCGGUUGUUCUUCGCCAGUUAGUAACCCAGAUACCGAUGUUCUCAAAAAGCAAGCAGCCAGGUUGGUGCGGAAGUGCCGUCAUCUCGAAAGGAAAUCGGCUCGCAUUGAGAAGCACUUGAAACGCGGAAUGGAUAAGAUUGACAGGGAGUACAAGAUAGAGCUCAUGAAGCUUAAGGAGAAGCGCAAGAUCAAGUACAUGAGAAUCGAGAAGAAAUGGGAGCAUGAUAUGAAGGCACUCAAGCAUCAGAGAGAAAAGCUCGAGGAGAAGUUGAAGGAUUUGGACUGA